AAAACUCGGCUGUUAUCUCGCACUAGCAGAAACCGCAUGCCUUGAAAAUUCCCCCAAAACAACUCCUCUGCCAAAAAAUUUUGUUGUGCACUCAGAAUCAAGAUGGAUGUUUUCCCAAAGAUAUGGACUCGUAUUUUACUUCUGGUUUUCGUAUUCUUUCUGCCGUGGGCAAAUACUGAAGAUUGUUUUAAAUUCCGGAAGAAACAGAAGAAUUAUGUUCUAUUUGACGUCACAGAUUCGGAACUCUCAGAAAGUGCCGAGUUUACUUUGACAUUUCGGACAAGCAAACCAGACGGCAUGAUAUUCUACAUAGAAGGCAUGUAUUCCACAGAAGCCCCGUAUGAUUUUGAGAGUCUGUACGUCCGGGAUGGGAAGCUGAAUUAUUUUGUGUUCAAUCCGGACUCGACAGGAAUUGGACGUUCGUACGGAAUUCACGUGAUGACUGAUUUUGAUGUGAACACAAACGAGGAUAUACAGGUCAAUUUCUUCCGGAGAAAGGAAUCGACCGCAACUACUCAUGAUCUAGAUGACGUUGCUCAUCUCGCGAGAGAAGACGAGACUCCGGUUGAGACGGUCUUCCGUUCUGGAUUUGUUGUGAACGGAAGAGAGUUCACCACCCUUUCUGGGACUUUUCCUCUUGACCUAAAAGACAAUCAGGAGGAACAACACGUCUGGAUUGGAGGGGCCUUUCCAAGUCGGAAAAUGGAACACUUUGAUGGGAUAAUUAGAGAUAUUGUGAAUAUCCAGUCUAACCAGACUCUGGACUCUCCUGACGGGCGGAGCCUCUACUUGUCCUGUGAAGAAGCAGAGUCCAACGAAACAGAGUAACAAUGGCGGGCGCUGGGUGUUUUAACUGAGCCGUCAGAGACAAAAAAAUCAUUUGGAUGCUAUAUGAGUGGUCUUAAAUAAAUUAAUGAAGUUGUUUCUCA